GGGAACUGGGAAGGCAAACCUUAAGCUAUUAAACCAGCAACAUCAUUUUGUACAACUAAGGUCCAGAGCUCCAAUGAAACGAAAUGAAUGCGGCACUAAUUCAUGACAAGCUGUUCAUCAAAACAUUCUGGGAGCAAAAAAUUGUGAAGCAUAACCAGCUCACAGAAAAUGAGGAACAAAGGACGAAGAACAGCGCUCUGUCAAAGCUCCGUGAUGAAUGGCUCAUGCGACUUGAGAGUCGAACAAAACAUCUCAAGAAUUUCGGUGAUGGACAUGCCUUAAAGACAACUGUAGUCAAGCAGAUUGAUCAAGAAUGACCUUUGACAUUUCA